GCGGAGAGGGGCUCCGUGCCAGGGUGGAAGGCACCCCCGAGCGCAGGGCAGGGCUCCCGGCACCAUCCUCAAACUCCGCUGGGAGAACAGUCCCAACGAGGCUGAUCCUUGUCGCUUCCCGGGGCGCGGGGCAUGAUCCGCGUCCGGGCGAUGGCAGUUUGAUUUGGGUGAGGGGACGAGUGCCCUGCGGAUGGAUACCCGCUGGAGCGAUGCUGUAUGCUCGCUGGUCCGCAGGAGGAAAACAGUGUUACCUAGCAGGAGCUGGAGCAGAACAGUACCAAGGUGUUGUCCAGAGGGAUCUAAGCAGAGGACAAGCGUUAUGGCAAACAGCUUGAAAGGCAUGGCAUUACUCCAGGGUUUGCUGUGCAAUGUAAAAUGAGCAAACCACCUCCACAUGUGUAUCUUCAGUCCUGUCGAAGGGAUGGUUGUAUCAAAGCUGUGGGCCAGGCAGAUGUUAUCCGCAAUCAGUUUUCAGAAGCAACGUUUGAAAGGAUAAUUGACUGCUCUGGGAAGUGCGUGUUACCAGGCCUGGUAGAUGCACAUACACAUCCAGUGUGGGCUGGUGAUAGGGUUCAUGAGUUUGCAAUGAAGCUGGCAGGUGCAUCCUAUAUGGAGAUCCACCAGGCAGGGGGAGGAAUCCAUUUUACUGUGGAGCACACUCGGAAGGCGACGGAGGAUGAGCUGUUGGCCUCCUUCCAGCACCGCCUUGAACGCAUGCUCAGAGCAGGAUCCACGCUGGUGGAGUGCAAGAGUGGAUAUGGCUUAAACUUGGAAACCGAGCUCAAAAUGCUCAGGGUGAUCGAACGUGCUAAGAAAUCCAUGGAUAUUGGUAUUUCCUCAACGUACUGCGGAGCUCACGCUGUGCCCAAAGGGAAAACUGCUGCUGAAGCCACAGAUGACAUUAUCAAUAACCACCUUCCUAAACUGAAAGAACUCAAACUAAGUGGUGAAAUACGCGUUGACAAUAUAGAUGUGUUCUGUGAGAAGGGAGUCUUUGAUCUGGAGUCUACGAGGAGAAUACUUCAAGCUGGAAAAGAUACAGGGUUACAGAUUAACUUCCAUGGUGAUGAACUGCAUCCGAUGAAAUCUGCUGAGCUUGGAGCUGAACUAGGAGCCCGGGCCAUCAGCCACCUGGAAGAAGUUACUGAUGAAGGUAUUGUGGCGAUGGCGAGAGCUAAGUGUGCUGCUGUCCUUCUGCCAACAACAGCCUACAUGCUAAGACUGAAGCAACCUCAAGCUAGAAAAAUGUUGGAAGAAGGUGUUAUAGUUGCCCUUGGCAGUGACUUUAAUCCUAAUGCAUACUGUUUUUCAAUGCCUAUGGUGAUGCAUCUGGCCUGUGUAAACAUGAAGAUGUCAAUGAAUGAAGCACUGGCAGCUGCCACCAUUAAUGCCGCUUAUGCUCUGGGCAAAUCAGACACACAUGGCUCCUUGGAGGUUGGCAAGCAGGGGGAUCUUCUUAUCAUAAAUUCAUCAAGGUGGGAGCACUUGAUUUACCAGUUUGGUGGACAUGAAGCAUUGAUCAACUAUGUUAUAGUUAAAGGAAAAGUCAUCUAUGAAAAUGAGAGAUGUGAGAAAAUGAGCAGUUACUGAGAGAAAGCAGUAAUUUAGUAAGCUACUAAAAUCAAAUUAGCAUGGAGUACUUCAAAGCAGCAGACAAAUCAGAUUUGUGUUUACCGGUAAAUUGUUCGUCUGCUCACCUUACUCUUAUUCAAAUAAACCUUACCAAGCAUUACC